ACAAAGCGCGGCCUGGUUCUGCUCGUAUCCUGCUUCCCUGACGACCAUGGCGUCGUCUGACCCCGACGCGCGGCCGGCGGCGGCAGCGAUUGUCGCCCCGGCCGCCGCGCCGCUCGCCGUCUUCGCGUCUCUCCUCGCGGCGCGCCGAUUCGGCGCGGCGAAGUCGAUGCUCCCUUCCCUCCUCACCCCCAGCCUCCUCGCCGUCCCCUUCGCCGACCUCGCGGCCGCCUCCCUCCCGCGCGCCGCUCCACAGCACGCCGUCGCCGCGUUCUACGACAUGCUCUUCCGCGCCUAUGCAGACGCGGGGGCCGCCGACCGCGCGGCCGAGGCUGUCGACCUCACCGUCUCCCGCCUCGGCCGCCUCGACCCCCGCUCCCUCACCUCCUCGCUCAUCUCGCUCCGCCAGGCCGGCCACCUCCCGGCCGCCGUGGAGAUCCUCAACAAGGCGCUCGCUUCCUACCCCGACUCCGUCACGCCUCUCUCGGCGUCCGUCGUCGUCGACGGCUUUUGCAAGGCCGGCCGCAUGGACGACGCGCGCCGGCUGCUCGACGAAAUGCCGAGCCGCGGCGUGAGGCUCAACGCCUGCUGCUAUAACCCGCUGCUCGACACCUACACGCGCCAGAAAAACGAUGGCCGCGUCGCGGAGAUCCUAAAGGAGAUGGAGAAUGCUGGUGUGGAGCUGACGGUCGGGACGUAUACGAUCCUUGUCGGUGGGUUGUCUAAGGCCGGCGAUAUCAGCAAGGUCGAGUCUGUGUUUGACGAGAUGAAGAGAAAGAAUGUGGCAGGCGAUGUUUACUUCUACAGCGCGGUCAUCAACGCGUACUGUCGGGCUGGGAAUGUGCGGAGGGCGUCUGAGGUGUUUGAUGAGUGUGUUGCCGAUGGCAUCGAGCCGAAUGAGCGUACUUAUGGAGCGCUGAUCAACGGGUUCUGCAAGAUUGGGCAGAUAGAGGCUGCGGAGAUGUUGUUCACAGAUAUGCAGCUGCGUGGAGUUGGACAUAACCAGAUUGUUUUCAACACGAUGAUUGAUGGUUAUUGUCGCCAUGGCAUGGUGGACAAGGCCCUCCAUAUAAAGGAGGUCAUGGAGAAGAUGGGCAUUGAGUUGGAUGUCUAUACGUAUAACACACUCGCGUGUGGGCUUUGCCGGGUGAAUAGAAUGGAAGAGGCCAAGACGCUACUGCAUGUCAUGGCCGAGAAGGGUGUCGCGCCAAACUAUGUCAGCUACACUACAUUGAUCAGUAUCCAUUCCAAGGAGGGCGACAUGGUAGAGGCAAGAAGGCUCUUCCGAGAUAUGGAUGGUAAGGGGUCAAGGCCAAGUGCUGUUACCUAUAAUGUCAUGAUUGACGGGUACAUCAAGAAUGGAAGCAUCCGCGAGGCUGAGCGGUUUAAAAAGGAGAUGGACAAGAAAGGGCUUGUCCCAGACAUAUACACUUAUGCAGCACUAGUUCAUGGGCACUGUGUCAAUGGGAAGGUGGAUGUGGCGAUGAGGCUCUUUGAAGAGAUGAAGUCGAGAGGAACCAAACCCAAUGUCGUGGCAUAUACAGCUCUGAUAUCAGGUCUGGCGAAGGAAGGUAGAUCGGAGGAGGCGUUCCAGUUGUAUGAUGAUAUGUUAGGCGCUGGAUUGACUCCAGACGAUGCUCUAUAUUCUGUGCUUGUAGGGAGCCUUCACACGGAUAAUAGGAAAGAUGUUUUGACAUGAAGAGCAAUAUAGCAUAAGGUUUGUCAGGCCGUAUUAUUGUUAGCAGAUGAUACUGUAAAGGAAUUGAACAAAUCCCCUCCUCACGUCCAUGACUGUGAACACCAACACUUGGGACGCCAUUACCCUGUAUAGGGCUUACAUCCUAUGGGGAUUCGGCGUUGCUACCAGGUUGAGGCAGGAUUGUUGCAAGGCGGGCACCAACACUAAGCUGCACCAGUUUGACGCUGUUGAAUGUCUCCACAAGAGGGAUGACCUCAGGUAAGGUGAGGGUCCGUGGCCCAUGGCUUGGUUUGUACCAUGUCGACUUGUAUUAAUAGAAACCUAUUGUUGUACAAUUUUGUUCAAAUAUCUAUUUGGAUGUACUGAAUGGUUAAUUGGUUAUGAGAUGAGGUGAUUGCCUAGUUUGUUCAAA